GAUGAUUCUGACAGUCCAGUAUUUCAUAUGCACACACACGUGCAGUAAAGAGGAUCCCUCAAUGACCCGGGACAGACCUUUCCUCUGAUUUCAUCACAUAUUCACCUGAACCUGGCAGCUAAGUGUUAAUAAGACAACAUGGCGGCAGGGGUCAUCAGAAACUUCCUCGUUCAGGCCCCGAUUCCAUCUUACUUUCCUCUGAAUUUCCAGCACUCUCCAUGCAAGGAAGAUGAAGAUGUGGAGAUGGUGGAGGAAACGCCAGAGGUGAGGGAAGAUGAGGAGGAAAAUGAGAUGGAAGAGGAGGAAGAGGAGGACGAUGAAGAAUCUGAUGCUCAGGAGGAGGAGGAGGAAUGUUUGGAGGAGGUUUUCUCAAAUCCUGCCCAUUUCUCUUUGGAUGUGACCAAGCAGCUGCUCAGGUUUGCAGAUCUCAUCAGCCGUGAUGUCCAGCGGUAUUUUGGUCGCUGCUCCGGUGAUCAGGAAGCUUGUGACAUCUACAGCGACUCGGUCUCGGUCACAACCAGCGGCCGUCUGCGUUACUAUGAUGAUCUGCUGAAAAUUGCAAAAGCAGGAAGUCCAAAGGAGCUAGAAAACAGCUCAAUGACUUGUGCUGAGGAUCAAGGAAACGGUGUUGCUAAGGGCAGCAGCGGUUUGGGGCCCCUGGCUGAACUAUUCAAGCAUAGGGGCCCGAGUCAGGCCCGCUGCAGACCCAUGAUCCAGAGACAUCUCCCUCUCAGUUUCUGGACUGAGCCGAACCCCUGCUGCUCUCUGGUCAGUUUCAGUAACACACCUGACCUGACGCAUACAAACAGUGACACGCCUUCACAGGACAACACAGACGCUAACACACACAUGCACUAUGACCCGCUCACACAUCACAACACACACACCCUCGACUGCACACAGCCGGACUUCAGCGACCUGCUGGCAAACUGGGAUCCGAACCCAGAGCUCACACACACACUGACAGAGAACACGCACAUGCAGCACUGA